GGGUGGCUACCGGAAUCGGAGACGACUGCAGCAGUGCUGACCGGCAGACACGCUCAGGUCUGAGACCGGGGAGGAGGCGCGCGCUGUCCAUGGUGCUGAACCGCCGCCCGGAGUGCGCCGCUGUGUCCGCGCGGGGCACGGACGAGCCCGGUGCGUCGACCCCUGCGUCAGCCGUCAGCCCCUCCGUCGACCCCUCCGUCAGCCCCUCCGUCGACCCGUCCAUCAGCCGUCAGCCCCUCCGUCAGCCGUCGACCCGUCCAUCAGCCCCCUGCGUCGACCCGUCCGCACCCGCGCGCACCGGCGAUCCGCGCCUCCGAGGACCGGUGGCAGGAGCCCCCCGGAGCCGCCCGCAGCAGCCUGCUCUCUGGGUCCGCGUGAGAGCGACGCACGCGCGGGGGAAGGACCUGUGGACUUAACGCCCCUCGACGAAGGACCCAUCCUGCCGGGGGCCCUCGGGGGACCUAUUAAUUCAUCCUUUACGACGAACGGAAUUGCUUAAACAUGCUCUGAACUCGGGUCAUUGAAGUUGCCCCAGGAGCAAGAGGAAACCUGCCUGCUUUUCUUUUGUUGUUUUGAACGCACCCGAGAGGAGCAACGUCACCCGGGCCAGACAUGGCUCGCCCGCUGCUCUGGGUCCACUCCGUGGUCCUGUUGCUCCUCGGCAGCGACACGUUCCUGGUAGGAGCAAAUCGGCCACCGGCUCCAGUCAAUGUGUCUGUCAUGCACCUGCGGGCCGACUCGGCAACCGUAUCCUGGGAGGUUCCGGAGGGAGACAUAAUCAUUGGCUUCUCGAUUUCGCAACAGAGGCAGGAGGGACACAUGCAGCGAUUCAUUCGGGAGGUCAACACCACCAGUCGCUCUUGUGUCCUUUGGGACCUGGAGGAGGAGACGGACUACAUCAUCCAGGUCCAGUCCAUUGGCCUGUACGGCGAGAGCCAGGCCAGCAAGAAGGUCCAUUUUCGCACCCUCAAGAAAUCCGACCGCUUCCCCUCCAACAGCUCCAACCAAGAUGACCCCACUGUGCAAGGUCUGGACAAAUCGCGGCACCUACAAACGGGAGAGAUGAUCAUAAUUGUGGUGGUCUUGCUAAUGUGGGCAGCGGUCAUUGCCCUCUUCUGCCGGCAGUAUGACAUCAUCAAGGACAACGACUCCAGCAACAAUAAGGAGAAGGCCAAGCCGUCGUCGGAGAGGAGCACGCCGGAGCAUCACAGCGGAGGACUGCUGAGGAGCAAGUUUCAUCCCUCCGUGCCAUCUAUCAACAUCAUCGAAGUUUGAGAAGAAGGACGCCAGGAUGAAAUCCUCUCUCGUCCACCGUCAAUGAAUUCUCGACCUUUUCUCACUGAUGAACGGGGGGGGGGGGCCUUGAAAGUUUCUAUGGGUCAUCAUUAGUGAAUAAGUUUGGCCAAGACUUGGCCACACGUACAUGGACACAUUGUUUGUAGAGAGACACUGAACUACAGAUACAAACUCAGAAAUCCAUCCUGCCGUCUUAUACAAAACUACACAACCCCAACACACAGACACACACAGACACAGACACACACACACUGACACACACCGCACAGUAGCUAGCAGAAAAAACCUGGGUGGAUCAACUAAUGUUAACCAACAGCUGCAGUUAACAUUGAUGUAUUUGCCGCCGGUGCUUGGGAUGUUAUUGCAAUACACAACAAACAAUGCAACUUGAUCAUAUCUGGGAGGUUUGUGUAUUUUUGAUAUUGGCAUGUGCAAUUAAACACCAUGUUCACGUGUUGACAGACAGCCCGGCUACAAAAUGAAUCUACAUUUUGCCAUCGCAAAUAGUGUUUGCAUACCGCCUGAUGAUCACGAGUGUAUAAUAUUACCUGAGUACUCAGAUUUUUAUUAGAGAGAGAGAGCCAGAGCGAGAGAGAGAGAGAGAGAGAGAGCAUAUAUAAAGCAUCACUAUGUCAUCUGUAAGAACUACAAACCCUUCAUUUCUUAGUUUUUCCUAAUAUUCAAAUGAAAACACCAUUUUCUGGAUGACAUUGUAUAUAUUUUCAUAUUUCAUACCGAACAAACUCGCAUGUACAUAUUUCAUUCAUUUACUACAUGAGGUUGCAUGCAGGUUGUUUGCCUGUAGAAUAGAAUUUAGUUAGAGUUAGAGGCCAAAAAUGGACAAAUUAAAAAAGAUCGCUGUUCUGUGAAACUAUAUAAAUGUUUUAUUCAGUUUGACCUGCUUUUAGAACAGCAUCUUUUAUCAUUCAGUGUUUCAUUGUAGAUCUUGUACAUUUCCCAACAAUUGUAUUACCCGGAGUGUAAAAUAAACCUUCUUUUGAAUGUCC